GCACGCGGCGGCUCCGGCCGAUAUUUAAAGGCUGCCUCUGGCCUCGGCCCCUCAGUCCCACCAGGACUGCGACGGUGAAGCACCUGGGUUGGGAGUGAGCUGCAAGCCCCAGUCCCGCCCAACCCACCUGGGCAAGACAACUCGGGUGCGAAGAGUUUACGAAGGAAGAGCGAUCAAGCAAGCAGAGAAGAGGGAGAAGAGGAGUCCUCUUGGAGAGAAAGGCGUGAUCCCAGGAGCAGGCACGUGGUUCUGAGCAGACUAACGAGGCUCUUCAGCUCUUCGGAUCUGGCCAAACUUGACCGCUACCCGGACGCUUCCAUUUAGACCUCCCGGAGCUCCCUGAACGAUGACCCAGACUCUCCACAAAAGGGAGGACCCUCUGAACCUGGGCGGCGGCUGGGCAUCCUCGGCCCCGUUAGGCACCUGGUCUUCCUGGCACCGAAGGCGCAGGGGCGCUCCAAUAAACAAGCGGCGCUACCGCUCUGGUCCCAAGUCUGAGUAUGAGACCCCCAGGAAGCAACAGCACGGUCCGGGCCCCUGGUUCCAACCACCCCGACGGCCCCACUGGGAGGUGUACUCUAACUGGGGGCGCUGGGGAGGGCCCUGGCGCCCACCUCCAGAGGGAUGCUGGAGGCCUCCAGGCCGAGUGCAAGUGAUCCGGGUGUACGGGCUGCACCCGCUCUGCCUCUGCUGCUGCUCCUGCUGGCGCGGGCCCUGGAGCCCGCGCUGGGCCAGGCCCCCGGGCAGGAAGAAGCGCUGGGGCCGCAGGGGCCGCGGCCUGCGCCGCCACCCUCGCCGCUCCUUCCCCAGGAGCCCGCCCGUGGAUCUGAGCACGCUGCUCCGGCCGGUCAACCUGUACGGGUGGCGGGCACCCGGCAUGCGGGCGCCGCGGAACACCACCCAGUUCAUCAUGAACCAGAUCUACGAGGACAUGCGGCAGCAGGAGAAGCUGGAGCGCCAGCAGGAGGCGCUGCGGGCGCAGCAGGCCCAGGCGCGCGGCCCGGCCUCCCCCGAGGGCCCCUCCUGGAACAACGCGCCCCCCAGCGGCGGCGAAGAAGCCGCGGAGCUGCGGGAAACUUUGUACAGCUUUGCGCAGAACCCGCCUCUGGUCUUCCCUCCGGACCAGUCUCCGACAGCACAGCCUGGGGAGGAGGACGAGGAGAAAAAUGAGGAGGAGUAUGAUGAGGAGGAGUGUGAUGGGAAGGAAGAGGAGAGCGAGGAGGAGGAGGAGAAGGAGGAGGAGGAGGAGGCAGAGGCCGAAGAUGAAGAGGAGGUCCAAGAGGCGGACUGUGUGGAUGAGGGGGAGGAGGAAGAGGAAGAGGAGGAGGAGGAAGAGGAGGAGGAAGAGGCGGAAGAGGAAGAAGACGAGGAAAUAGAAGAGGAGGAGGAGGGGGUGGAAGGGGAGGAGCAGAGGGAGGAAGAGAAUCACUUACCUCUGGAAAUGCCUUUAUCGUUCCUAGUGGGCGCUGAGGAAGAGAGAGAGAACUUUAUAAACUGUACUUACUUAAGCCCCACGCAGGUAAUUCCCAAAAUGCCGCAGGAAGCUCUCUUCAUGUUAGACGACAUUAACUGUUAGACAUCAGGAAAGGGAUUGAGAAUGAGAUGGAACUGAUUUGAGGCUAAACUGCAUUAGCAACUUAUUAAAACCUAAUUUAAAAAGUGGGUUCCAUUAAUAAACAUAUCUAUGUAAAGCCCUCCUUUGACCAUUAUAAAACAUUUAAAAAUUGG